AUGACGGCCACGAUGGACAAUUUUGAGCAGUACCAUCUAGAUAACAAAGAAUGGAUUAAGCUCGAGCAAGUUAACCGAUUCUUGGAGCCUCUGGAAUGGGCAACGAAGAUUGUGUGUGACGACAAGUAUCCGACCCUCUCUGUCGUUGUCCCAGUUUAUUCCUAUCUUUGGAAAAGCGUCGAUCGAAUUUUCCGUGAGUACGAUGCAAGACACCUGGAGCCUGUUUCGAGAGCUAUGCACAAGAAACUCGAGAAAUACGUGAAUAAGGCAUUCAAGCAGGAAUCGAAUUAUUUUGCAACAAUUCUGGACCCAAAAUUCAAUAUUAAAUGGUUUCGGGACUCUGCGACAUGGCCGCGACAUUUCUGGACGAUUGGCUAUACCCCCGAAGCCAUUGAGCUUCGUUUCGGCAAUGAAGCAUCGAAAUUUCGAGUCCAGGUGGAAAACGAAGUUGGAGACGACCCUGAGUUUGGCGGAUCUCCAAUAGCCGACUCACAGCCAUUGGACCCAAUGGACAGGCUUUUCUCAUCUGCAACAGAGCCAGAGGAAGUUAGUUGCGUCAUCGUAUUGGUGCUGCCGUUUGCUCUGCUCUUGACAUUGAGCUUCCAGGCGCUUGUACAUGGAUGUGUAUCAAGCCAUAACUGUAACUAG